UUGUCCAGGCCGCUGCAGUCUGUGUCGAGGCGACGUGGUCUACACGACGGAGCGGCAAAUCGCGUCUUCUCCAACUCGCAAGCCGCUCGCUCGCUCUCCUUCUUCUUUCCCCCCUUCCUCUUUCCUUUUCAUUUUCUCCCCUACCCUAUGAAAUUCUUUCUUCCUUCAUCACGUUGUGCCAUUCCGCGUUCGCUUUAGGUCCCUCCCCUGUGUCGGUUCGUUGCCGGUGUACCUUAUCCGUUGGGUUGCUCCUCUUUCCUCGAGCCCAUUCAUCCUUCUCGGUCCAUCCUCCCAUCUUUUUCCAAUACGACCGUUUCUCGGCACCGAGCGUCGAGCGUGUUUCUCCUUGUCGUCGUCCAAGAGGUAUAUCCCCGUCCUCGUCUAACGGCCUACAGCUACCUGGCCGUGUUACGGCGGGGUUCCGGAUACGCGCGUCGACUUCGUCAACGCGUUGUCGUGCGGUACGUUCUACCGAGGAAUUUCAGUGCCACGUCUCGAGUACGAGCGAUCGGUUGGUCGGUGGGAUUCGAUACGAUACGAUUCGAUUCGAUUCGGUUCAUCGUGUACAUGUCAGUUGGUUAGCAGUGUCGCGUACAGACGUCAUUGUUCCGAUAAAACGCUGAUACGCGACCGGUGUGUCAACGUCAAAUAAAAAAGUCAAAUAAUUCGGGCAACAGGAGAGGAAAGAGUGAAUUCAAUUGGGUCUUCCGUCAACUCGAAGUGCCAUAUAUACGUUAAGAUAAAUAAAAUAUAUUACAUUGAUUUCGUUAAGAUUAAUUAUUAUCGAUGAUAGUGUUCACCGCGCGAAACUGAUAAGUGUGUUCAAUUAAAAAUCGGUGUCGAAGAGAAAAAAGGGAAAACAGUGCGUGCGUGUUAGAAACGAUAUUAGUAGAAGUGCGUUUGAAUCGGAAGUAUAGGAAAGAAAAUGGCCACGAUUAUGGCUGGUUUCGUGAGAAUUUAAAGGAGGAUUUAAUCGGCUAACGACAUGUCCACUCAGGCUUAUUACAAGGAGAGGCUCGGUUUCGAUCCGGCCGAUACUGUGGCGGAGCAUCACCGUGAACAGAGAUCCCAGCACGGCUACGAGGAAUCUUUAUCCAAGUUCAAAGACGAACGAGACGCGAUCCAAAAGAAAACAUUUACCAAAUGGGUGAACAAGCAUCUGAAAAAGACUUACACGUGCCUGCACGUGUGCGUCCUUGUGAACAACCAGCCAUGCUGUUCCCCUACUGCCAGCAGACAUGUCGGAGAUUUGUUCGAAGACCUGCGGGACGGGCACAACCUCAUUUCUUUGCUGGAGGUUCUCUCAGGCGAGCAUCUCCCGCGAGAAAGGGGUCGGAUGCGUUUCCACAUGCUGCAAAAUGUACAGAUGGCCCUUGAUUUUCUACGUUACAAGAAAAUCAAACUCGUCAAUAUCCGUGCCGAGGAUAUCGUCGAUGGUAACCCAAAGUUGACGCUUGGUUUGAUAUGGACCAUCAUACUACAUUUCCAGAUAUCCGAUAUAGUAGUGGGCCAAGAACCCAACGUAACUGCCCGCGAAGCUCUUCUAAGAUGGGCGAGACGAUCGACGGCGCGUUACCCAGGUGUACGCGUCACGGACUUCACCGGGUCCUGGAGGGACGGUUUGGCAUUCAGUGCCUUGAUACACCGAAACAGGCCAGAUCUGGUCGAUUGGAGAGGUGCUCGUGCCAGUCAACCACGAGAGCGGCUCGAUCGGGUCUUCCACGUCGCGGAGCGCGAGUAUGGCGUUACGAGGCUUCUCGAUCCCGAAGACGUGGAUACUCCUGAACCGGAUGAGAAGUCCUUGAUAACGUACAUCUCUUCGCUCUACGACGUGUUCCCGGAGCCGCCAUCUAUUCACCCUCUCUACGACGCCGAAGCUCAAAGACGUUCGGCCGAAUAUCGAGAACUGGCCAAUUCCCUCCACGUAUGGAUCCGCGAGAAGAUGUGCCUGAUGCAGGAACGUGCCUUCCCCCCGACCCUGAUCGAGAUGAAGAAACUGGCUGCCGAGAGCACGAAAUUCAAGAACGAGGAGGUACCGCCUAGAUACAGAGACAAGCAAAGGCUUUCUUACAUAUUCAGGGAUCUUCAAAAGUAUUUCGAAGCGGUCGGCGAAGUGGAUAUGGAACCGGAAUUACAUAUCGAGGUGAUCGAAAAGAAUUGGAACCGACUGAUGAUGCUGCAUCAGGAGAGAGAGCAGGCGAUCAUCGACGAAAUUAAACGACUCGAACGACUACAACGAUUGGCCGAGAAAGUUCACAGAGAGAUGAAGACGACCGAUAAUCGACUGGAGGAGCUAGAGAGACGAGUGGAAGACGAAGCACGACGCCUCGAUCGGCUUCAUCCUCUGGAGGCCAAACACGCGGUAGAUCUUUUGGAACAAGACAUACGCAACACCGAGAUUCAAAUUCAGAAUAUCUUCACUGACGUGCACACUCUUACCGAGGGGAAGUACAGUCAAGCGGUCGAACUUCACAAGAGAGUACAGAAGCUGCAUCAACGAUGGGUCGCGUUGCGAUCUCUUCUUCACAAACGUUUGGUACAGCCACUGUCGGCCGUCUCCUUCCCGGUAGAAGAACGCGUCGUAACGAAACACCGUACUACCGUCCAUGAAACACGACUGGUGGAUACAAAUCCACAUUUCCGAGCCUUACACGAUUGCAUCGACUGGUGCAAAGCUAAGAUAAAACAGCUUCAAGAAGCGGACUACGGGUCCGAUUUGCCAAGCGUUCAAAACGAGUUGGACGUUCAUCAGAGAGAACACAAGAACAUCGAACAAUUCCAUCCUAAAGUGGACAGAUGCGUGCAAGCCAAGAGCCACUUCCACGGCGAAGAGUUGACGUUGUACAGUCAACAUCUCGCCGUUCUACAGAAACUUUACACCGAAUUAUUGUCAGCCUCUAACAAGAGGCUUUCCGAUUUGGACACGUUACACGAUUUUAUACAAUCGGCAACUGGAGAACUGGUCUGGUUAAGUUCCAAGGAAGAGACAGAGGUGACGCGUGAUUGGAGCGACAAGAAUCUGAACGUGCAAAGUAUCGAACAGUAUUACGAGCGUACCUAUGGAUCUGGCAUAGAGUCCCUUAUGAGCGACUUGGAGAAGAGAGAAAUACAAUUCUCCGCGGUACAAGACCGUGGCGAAGCGUUGGUUCUCCAGCAUCAUCCAGCAGCGAAGACGAUCGAGGCUUACAUGUCUGCUAUGCAAAGUCAAUGGGCUUGGCUUCUUCAGCUGACCCUCUGUUUGGAAGUCCAUUUGAAACACGCUGCUCAGAGCCAACAAUUCUUCCGUGAUAUUCAACAAGCGGAACAAUGGAUCUCGAAGAGGGACGAGACGUUAAACACCAUCUACUCUCAGUCCGAUUUUUCUUUGGACGAGGGUGAACGUCUUCUGAAAGGCAUGCAAGAACUGCGCGAAGAAUUGAACAGUUACGGUGAUCACGUGCAAAAGCUAGUCGAACAGGCGAAGGACGUCGUUCCUAUGAAACAGCGUCGUCAACCCGUGACACGACCCAUGCAAGUCACCUGUGUCUGCAGUUACAAACAGAUGUCGAUCGAAAAGGGAGAACAAUGCACGUUAUACGACAAUUCUGGUAGAAUAAAAUGGCGUGUGAAGAAUCAAGAAGGAGUGGAAUCCCCAGUGCCAGGUGUCUGCUUCGCUCUUCAACCUCCAGACAAGGAAGCUCUCGAUGCCGCCGAGAGAUUACGAAGACAAUACGAUCGAAGCGUGGCACUAUGGCAACGUAAACAGCUCAGACUACGACAGAACAUGAUAUUCGCUACCAUCAAAGUGGUGAAGGGUUGGGAUCUACCACAGUUCUUGGCUAUGGGUCAGGAUCAACGUACCGCUAUCAGAAAGGCGUUGAACGAAGAUGCUGAGAAGCUUUUGUCGGAAGGUGAUCCAGCUGAUCCACAGCUAAGACGAUUGAAGAGAGAAAUGGCCGAAGUGAACAAGUUAUUCGACGAGCUAGAGAAACGUGCUCGAGCGGAGGAAGAAUCAAAGAAUGCGGGCCGUAUUUUCAACGAUCAGAUCUCCACUCUUCAACAAGCACUCGACGAAGCCGAGAGAGUUCUAAAUGCUCGUAUAGCUGCUCCUUUGCCUAGAGAUCUCGACAGCUUAGAACAUUUAGUUCUGCAACACAAGGACUACGAGCAAAGUCUACGACGCUUGGCACCGGAUCUCGAUCGGGUCCAGCAGACCUUCCGUGGUAUCACCUUGAAGACUCCAGCGAUGAGGAACAAGCUCGACGCUGUUACCACCAAAUGGAAUCACAUCUGGAACGCUAGCAAUCUUUACAUAGAACGACUGAAAUGUGUGGAGAUCGUGCUCUCUGGUAUCGAGGAGAACACCACCGCGAUAUCCGAGUUCGAAUUGAAACUAGCCUCGUUCGACGAAUUACCAUCCGAUCUGAAGGGAUUGCAAAAUGUAUUAGAAGAUUUGAUGGUGCUUCAGAACGCCAUCGCUCAACAGCACGGCGCGAUAGACCGAUUGAACGACGACGCGCACAAUGCCAGACGCCUCGUUGAGAAAUCACGAUCAAACCAUCGCGGUCCUCAUUCGGACGUGGAUCGUUUGGAUGCUGAAGUGAACGCGUUGAACGCCCGGUGGAGUAGCCUCUGCGAACAGCUAGUCGAUAGACUUCGAAGCGCCGAAACAGCCUAUGGAUUGGCUCAACAAUUGGAGCACGCUUACAGGAACGAAGUUGAUUUCGUUGACGAGUCCUAUGCGAAACUGGAAGUGGAGAACGCGAAGAAUCUAUUGAACAAAGUUGUGGAUCGAGCACCAGCGAUCGAGGCGGUAAAUGUGACCGGAGGUCGAUUGAUCCGCGAGGGGAAGAUCUACGGGCAAAGGCUUCGAGCGUUCAAGGAAGAAUUGGAAGAUAUCUGUCCGUCUUUGGACGCUUCGGUGAAGAAACCACGACGGGAAUAUGUUUCGACCGUCGACGACGUGGCUAGAGACCUAGAUACCCUCAACAGGAAGUACACCACGCUCGUGAAUAUCCUUCAGGAAAAGGUUAAACAGCUGGCGGUGCAACAUCCGGAGGAUACGUCUCUGCAGCGUGCUCUGCAGGAGCAAAGGCCGCUCAAGACGUUCCGUACGGAGUUCAACAUCUACGAGAGUAGUACCUGCGAGGAACGUUACACUUCAACGACGACACACUACACGCAAUCGCAGUACAGUUUGGAAAGACACGAGAGGACAGAGCGAACCGAGAGGACCGAGACUACACGACGCUCCAGCUCGCAAGAGAGUUCGCGACUCGAUGCCAGGAGCGCGUCCGUGGAUCGGGACGCGGCGACGACCACGACCACGCAGUCCGAUAGGGAACACGAGAUCGAAAGAGAAAAGAUCGCGCGAAAACGACAGCAAGAAGAUGAAGAGGAGCAGAAGAGGGACGAGGCGUCGUGGUCGACGAGAACCAGUAGCAGUAUUAGCGGCAGCAGCGCGCAUUUUAGCGAGAGUAGAAGCGUAAAGAGGAUAGAGCGGGCGGAAGAGGGUAUAGGUAGAGAGAACGUGAUCGAGGCUAGGGGUAUCGUAGAUCCACGGACCGGAAACGUGUUGACGGUGGGCGAGGCGAUAAGUCUUAGGAUCUUGGACGUUAGGAACGGUAGGAUAACGUGCUCGAGGGACGGGAAAAAGACGGUCUCGAUAGAGGAGGCUGUCCGUGAGAAGAUUAUCGAGACGCGUCUUGCUGAUCGUCUGCUAGGUCCAUGCGGAUUCGACGAGGAGGGACGUCCGGUGUCUCUGCUCGAGGCGAUCCAGCGGGAGCUGUUCGACGCGGAGAAACCAGACGGUUCCGGGCACGGUGAUAGAGCGAAGGUAACUUACUCUAAAGAGAGUACUCCUGGCGAUGAGAGCGUGGUUAGCGUAGCCGAUGCGAUAAAGGACGACGACGACGACGUAGGCAAGGGUUCCGCGUUGGAUCCGCGCACGGGCGAGCUAGUUACCGAGGAUGGCGAGAGAUUGUCAGUCGAGGAAGCUCACGCGAGAGGUUACCUGGCGAAACUCGACGUGACCGUGACUGUAAAGAGGAGCGCGUUACCACUAUCCGACGCGAUAUCUCAGGGUCUGGUGGACGAGACCCUUGGUCGAGUACUCGACAGGAUUACGGGAGAGAGUUACGCCCUCGACGAAGCUGUGGAGAAAGGAAUAUUGGAUCCAACCGGUAGAGAGAUCGUGGACGCUAGGAAUGAUACGAAAGUGACGUUGCUGGAUGCUAUGAAACUGGGCAUCGUCAAUUCGAAAACAGGAAAAUACAUGCACGGUCUGACGAUGGAGAAAUUGUCUUUGAAGGAGGCACGCCGACGACGAUUGAUUGUUAAACCGAUGACACUGAAGGAUUGUCGUGACUCGGAGAUAAUCGACGAAAGCGGAAAGAUUACCAGUCCAGCGCAUCGAACGAAAUUGACCGUAACCGAAGCGAUCGAACGGGGUGUACUCGAUGCCGAUCGAUUGAAAUCGAUCGUCGAUGCGAAAACGGGUGAAACGGUCACGCUAUCCGAAGCAUUGGAUCGUGGCUUAAUCAAUCCUAAAACGACCACUUACAGAAACACGAACACCGACGAGGAGAUAGCUAUUUCCGAAGCCGUUGAGAAAGGUCUAGUUACCUCACUCGCGCAGAAAACUAUAUUCGACGUGGAUGGCUUCAGAGACCCAUUAACCGGAGAGUACGUAAGCUUGAACGCUGCUUUGCUCAAAGGUUUAAUUAGUUCCAAAUCGGGCGGUAGUUACAUUAUCGAUCCGAACACCGGGGAAACAGUUUCGCUGGCCGAGGCUGAAGAACGGGGUUACGUUCGACCGGAAGUUUCCGAGAUGCUCAACAGAGGAAUCGGUAUCGUGGAAGAAGGCAAAGAGAUUACUCUUCUAGAAGCUGUUUUCUCGGAGCUGAUCGAUCCGAAGACGGGUCUGUUAUUAGAUCCUAGAACCAAGAAACCAGUGCCUCUCGAGAACGCUAUCAAGCGUGGUCUGAUCACUCCUGAUGGAGCUGCUUUGCUCACGGGAUUAUUGAACGUCACUGUCACCACGCAAACGGUAACAAAAGUGAAGGAAAUUAGACACGAAGAUGAAGUCAAUAACGUAAUUGACGAGCGAUCAAUGAAUAAAGAGCAAAGAAGUUCUUCUAUCGACACAGCGAUGGAUGUUGAAGAGUCCUACGAGUCUUCUCUGAAGGACAAUAUUCCCAAAGCAAUCGGCACUACCACGACUAUCAUUGCCAAAGACCAUAUAGUCUCUUCUUCAGAAGCGAAAUCAAGUACCGUUGUUAAAAUCAAGGACUCUUCGGUGAUAAUAACAAAAGAUAACGAUAAUGUUCAAUCAUCGAGGACCAGUCGAUACAAGGAUCCUGAUCAGGAUCAGGAUACAAGUAUGAUGGGCGAUUCUGCCAGAGAGGAAAGCUUAUCGAUGGAGAAACGCGUGUUUGAACUACCCACCGAUGGAUGGUCUCUUGCCGAGGCGAUCGAUCGAAAGCUGUUCGACCCAACCACGGGUCUCUUCAUCAUUCCAGGAACAGACAGGCUGGUCUCUUUCGAGGAAUGCGUGAAAUUGAGCAUCAUCGAUCCUAAUUCCAGCUUCGUGAUCGAUCCAAACAACGGGAGGAAAGUUUCCUUGCUUCGAAGUCUGGAGAAGAACAUCCUAGAUUCAACCGGUCAUUACACUUAUCCUCAAAAGAUUUCUAUGAAAGAGGCGAUCGAUAAAGGAUUCAUCAUCAUGGAGGGUAAAACCACGGACACUGACACCUCUCAACAGAGAUUACUUAGAAUCACCAAGAUGUCCGGAGAGCCGGACAAGUUGGAGGUGACCCGACUUGACGAUCCCUCGAAGCAGCUAGAAAUCAAAGAUUCCGAAACUAGUCACGCGAUACCUGACCCGGUGCGGGUGUCGCGAGGUCUGAUCUACGAUCCAAGCACCGCUCUAGUCAUAUCCACUGAAACUGGAAAGUCUACGGAGCUGAUGUCAGCAUUGUCCGAUGGCACCUUGCCAGUCGAGGUGGUCGUCGUUAAAGAUCCUGCGACAGGAAAGGACGUUGGCAUAGUCGAAGCCAUCCAACGUGGAAUCGUUGAUUCUGAAACAGCUGAAUACAAUGUGAACGAGAACAGAAAGAUAUCGUUGCUCGACGCGGCUAAAUUUGGCAUAGUAACCGUGCUGGGUUCGCCCCUGGUGCCUGUCACAUCUUCUACACCUACUGCAGACACGACUAUACUUCAUCAAAUAGAAACUGAACGAUCUUUGAAAGAAACCUCGCCAAGUGAAAGAGACGAAAGUUCGAUGACUGGCAAACCCAUCUCCGAUACAGAUUCUGCUCUUGGAUCCACGUCCGUGGUAGAUUCGGUGACCGAUUUCUCGCCAACAGCAGCGACCAGCGAAGAACCUUCAGUUUCGAAAGAAGGCGAUGAAGAGAGGUUCAAAGACAAACCAUCUUUCGAUCUCAAAUACGAAGCAAUCGUUGGCGAGACGGUUGUAUGGUCAAGUUCCGAGGGUGAAGCGAAAUCAAUUGUUCUCCAGAAGAUGAGGAAGCGAGUGGUGAAGGCGAAGGAAGCUUUAGAAAGUGGAUUGAUAGACGCGGAAACAGCGGAGAUUUUCGAAAAUAAAAUGGCAGUGGAGGAUGGUAAACCAGUGACACUUUCGGAAGCUAUUCGCAGCAAGAAGAUAGAUGCAGGUUCAGGGAAGAUCAUCGAUCCUCAGAGAGGAGAUACUCUCAAUAUCGGUGAGGCUGUUGAACGUGGAAUCUUGGAUCCAGUAAGUGCCAAUGUCCUGGUACCUCUGGCAAAGAGUUUGUCCAUUCCUGGCUUAUACAAACAAGGUUUGUUAGAUCCUCAAGAAGGUAAAGUGGUUCAUCCAGAAACUGGUGCUCAUUUAACAUUGAAGGAAGCAAUUCUCUGUGAAAUAGUCGAUCCGUUAUCCACAGUAACCUGCUUUGAUGGUCGCACAGAGACUCUUCGCAAUGCCAUCGAAAGCGACUUCAUUGAUCCUGAAAGGUCUUUGAUAAAGACCAGCGAAGGCGACAGUGUCAAUUUGGUGAAGGCUGUCGAGAACAACGUGUUUGCUGAUUCGGAUAAGGGCCAGGAAAAGAUUCCACCUGCUGGUAUGACCUUCACCGUGGCUUUGGAACGAGGCUUAAUUGACGCAACAGGCAAGGAAAUACGUCAUCCAAUUACGGAAGAACGAUUAUCAUUGGAGGAUGCUAUAAAGGGUAACUUCAUCAUGUCCUUACCUUGCCCAGUCAGUUCUGACAGCAUGGAAGUAACCAAAGCCCUCGAGGCUGGUCUGAUUGAUCGCGAGAAAGGUGUUUUCGUUCAUCCAACGACUGGCACACCGGUACGCCUUCUGGAAGCCAUAGAAUCCGGUCUUCUGGUAGUCAAACCUCCCAUAACCAGCGAAGCCGUCACUGUUACCACUGGUGGCAUCACAGAGACCGUCACCUCUUAUCACACUGUCACCACUAAAAGUAUCGAUAUUUUGUCAGGUUACGCGCUGGUGAAUCCAAACGAGGUACGAAACAUGGAGACUGGAGACACCAUGACGAUCGAGGAGGCUCGUCAGAAGGGAAUCGUUAAACACGAAUUUGAGAAGAAAGAAAAAUUCACCACGAAGGACAUCAAAAUGACCUUCGAUGAUGCUCUGCAGAAGGGUUUGUUGGAUAUGAACGCUGGUACCUAUACCCAUCCUUCGACAGGAUACGCUAUGCCUAUUCAAAAAGCUAUCGAGAAUGGUUUGUUAGAAGAUCGUGCAGAUUCCACUGUCGAGACUGCUGAGACUCAAAGAAUCGAUGAGAUUUAUGAUGAGAAGACGGAGAGGUUCGUGGAUCCAGAAACGAAAAAGUCUUACACGCUUAAAGAAGCAGUGGAGGUUGGAUUGGUAGAUCCAAAUACUGUUCUUUACGACACCAGGACCGCUGAAACUGUGACCACCAAACAGGCACUUGAAAGAGGAAUAAUUGAUCCUGUUACAGGAAAGACCAAGGAUGUCGAAGGGCGUGGUACGGUCUCUCUGAAACAGGCUGCAAAAUUGGGAUUAUUGGCUGUUGUUGCUGCACCUGUUCUUGCUGGAAAAGCGGUGUACGACGCUGUUCGCGAUGCUUCUGCAAGCAAAGAGAAACAUGUUCAAAAGGAGGUCACUCGUCCUAGAGAAGAACACAAGGCUUCUCCCAUGGUAUCACAGACACCAUCGGUGGUGGAAAGUGCAGAGGAAGCAGCAGAGAAAUUGACAAGCAAGGACAAGGUUCAAACACCAAAGGAUUCUUUGAAGACACAGGAUCAAAAGGAAGCUUUGAAGUCAAAGAUUCAGACAGAGGAAGAACCUCCAAAGAAGCAGGUCCAAGAAGAAAAAUUGGAGAAACCAUUACAAGAGGAUAAAUUAGAGACCCAAGCAUUAAAAACAGAAGUAAAAGAACCUUCCAAACAGGAUGUACAAGUUGAAAAAGUAGAGGAACCAUCAAUCUCACCAGAGGAAGCAAUGUCUGAGGAAGAUCAUGAAAAGGAGCCUGAAUUUGAACCUGAAGGAGGAGAAAGGUUUGUGAUCGAAGUGACACCCGACUUGACGGUUCGAGAUCUCGUCGUUCGAGGAGCAUACGACCUCGAAAAAGACAAGUUCAUGGAUCCAGAAACCAGAGAAGUGAUCUCGUUCAACGACUUCGUCUUAGACCUUGGAAUAUUCGAUCCUGAUGAAGUGUUGGUGAAGGACCUAUCCUGUAAAACAACAGACAGGUACGUGUCUCUUCGGGAUGCGAUCGCCAAGCCUCUAGUCGAUCGAAAUAUAGGAUACAUGGUUGAUCCAAAGAGCGGUAAGAAGAUCCCAUUCUUCGAAGCAGUGAAGUUAGGUCUAAUCAAACAGAAACCAGUUAUAAAACAACCUGAAAUCUCUGCCAUUGAUGGUAGUAAAGAAGGUUUGAGUUUGCGAAGAGCUGUUGAAAUAGGUCUACUUGACCCAACCACCUGCGAAGUUCGAGAUCCAGUCACUAAUCAGACGUUAAAAUUGAACGAAGCCAUUGAAGUGGGUUUAAUUGAUCCAGACUCUAUCAGCAUUCGAGAUCCUGUAAACGACGAAGUCUCCUCGCUUCAAGAAGCAUUGGAAUCUGGUGCCAAAAUCGAUGUUGAAGAUGCUUUUGUGAAGGGAUUGGUUGUACCUGAAUCUCGUAAGCCAAUUUCUCUGGAGGCUGCUAUCAGAAAGGGAUUCUACGAAGAAGACACUGGUAAAAUCACGGAUACGUUGACUAGUCAGUCCAUAGAUGUUGAAGAGAGCGUACGAAGAGGAAUAAUCGAUGCAUUCAUCAGUGAAUGCGAGGACACUAAAGCAGGAACCUUCUUAUCUUUGGAGGAGGCAUUGGGUGGCGAAUCGAAGCUUCUGGAUUCUGGUACAGGUCGUCUUCGAGACACCAAGGCUGGCGAAUUACUUCCACUAAACGUUGCUCUUGACAGAGGUAUGAUACUAACAACAGGGUUCGUUCCAUCUUUAACCGACGUGAUUGUCCAAGAAUAUUAUUCUCCAAGAACUGGCCUCGUCGCUAAUCCUAGAACAGGAGAUGAAACCACCUUGAAGGAAGCAUUAGUUACUGGUUACGUUGAUGGAGAAACAACGAUGGUGAGGGACGACCGCAACGACAGAGUAUUGUCCUUGCAAAAGGCUGAAGAGAAUCAGCUGAUCGACCUCGAGGAAGGAGUCCUGAUGUCUCCUCACCCAAUGACCUUAGACGUUGCUUACGAGAAAGGAUACAUCCUCAGCACAGUGAAACCAUGGUCGUUGCAGGAAGCAUUGGCUCACCAGACUUACGAUCCAGAGAAAGGGACCUUCGACAUAGAGGGGGUCAAUUACACCCUUGAAGACGCCUUGGAGAACGGUUUAAUCGCCAAAGACAGUCCCUCCGUAAAAGAUCCAAGGAACAGUGAGAUAAUUUCUCUUGGCGAAGCUAUCAAGCAGGGUCUCAUUGACCCUAAAACCGGCACAGCCAUCGAUCCAUCUACAAGUUCACCAUUGUCCUUAACCGACGCCCUUGAUCGUGGCCUGAUAGUACCUGCCAAACGCAAGAUAUCCUUGCCAGAGGCGGUUUUCAAAGGACUGUACGAACCAACCACUGGUCGCUUCAUCGUUCCAGAGACAAGGGAGAAAUUACCAACCGAUCGUGCCAUCAAGGUAGGCGUCAUCGAUCCCAGUACAGCAGUCGUGGUGCAUCAACCACACGGCAAGGUGAUCACCUUCAACAAAGCCAUCAAAGAAUCGAUAGUCGACCCGAAGACCGGUACGGUGACAAACGAGAAAGGCAAGCCGGUAGACUUCCGCGAGGCGCUGGAACACGGUUUGCUCCUGGAGGCCCGUAGACCCAUGACCUUCAGCGAGGCCAUCUCCAAGAGGAUCCUCGAUGAAAGAACCAACAUGUUCCUGGAUCCUCAGUCGGGCGUUUACCUGAGUUUGCUCGAUGCUAUCCAGAGGAAUUUGAUCGACGCCGAUUCGGUGACCGUGAAGGAUGGCAGAAGCGGUUUCCGCGCGAGGAUCUCCAUGAUGGAAGCUAUAAGAACCGGAUACAUCAAUGGAUCCACUGGUAAAGUGAACGUCACUCCGGAAUCAACGAUGUCCUUGCAAGAAGCUUACGAAGCUGGUCUCAUAGUCGAUCACAGAGCAGCUGUUUCUCUUCAGCGAGCGAUACAUCAAGGAUUAUACGACGAACAAACUGGGAAGAUCAUAGAUCCUAGUACCGGAAGAGCGGUUACUCUGCACGAGGCAAUGAGGAACUGUCUGAUCAAUCCCACGCUUCCUUGCUACUGGGACCAACGAGCGGAUAGAUUGUUGUCCCUGGCUGAAACUUGCCGAGCAGGAGUGAUAGACAGACGGUCAGGAAUGUUCAAAGAGCCUGGAGCUAACAGAUCCGUGUCCCUGUCUUUGGCUUUGCAACUGGGUCUGAUCAUCGACAUCGAAACUGCGGAAUUUAACCUCCACCAGGCGAUCAUGAUGAACAUUUACGACCCUGCGUCCGGAAAAUUCACCCAUCCGUCGACGAACCAGAAGCUCACUCUAGCAGAUGCCUGUCGCACGGAGCUGAUCGAUCCCAUGGGUUCCAUCAUCCGGGAUAUUCGAUCAGACAAGUAUCUGCCACUGUCUGAAGCUGUUUCUUCAUCGGUGAUCGACGAUAUCAAAGGUACUUACAUCGCGGUACCGGAAGACGAAGAACCGAUGGAUCUCCGCGAGGCUGCUAACAGAGGCUACAUCUUGCCCUCGAAAUUCCCGCUCAGCAUCGAAGAAGCAGUGAACUGUGACCUUUACCGAGUUCAAACUGGUGCAUUCGUUGAUCCUCGCACCAGCGAGUGCCACGAUUUAGCUCGUGCAUUCGAUGCAGGUCUCCUUGACCCUGACACCACCGCCCUGAAAGACGCAACCACUGGACAAAUAACGUCUCUGUCAUCUGGCAUCGAAAGUGGUUUGAUAGACGUGGCACGUGGUCGAAUCGUAGACUCGAAAUCGAAACGAGGUUACCCUAUAGACGUAGCUCUGGAACGUGGUCUCCUAGUCACUCUGGAGAAACCGCUAACUCAUCAACCAGCGCGACGAAGUCUCGCUCGCAAAGAGGAACCAUCUCGACAGGAGUUCACCCUCCAAGAGGCAAUUGAUAAUCAUCUCCUCGAUCCAAACGCUGCUGUGAUCAGAGAUCCAAGGCACGGACGUUUCGUAACGAUUAGCAACGUCCUGGCUGACGGUAUCCUCGAUCCAUCCGUCAAAGGAACCUUCGAGUCUGACUCGGCUAAAUCCGAUAGCAAAUUGACCCCGCGAUUCGUUCGCUUCGGAGACGUCGAGGUGUACUUCCUGAAACCUCUGACCUUCGAGGAAGCAACCGAGAAAGGAUAUUUGUCCGUGGAAAGUGGAAAAUUGACGGAUCCGAAGAGCGGAGAGCCUGUUACUUUGAAAGAGGCGGUCGAUCUCGGUAUCGUCGAUUCCGACUCGGCGUUGAUUAAAGACACGAAGAAGAGGAAACUGGUGAAGUUAUCCGAGGCGUUUAGGAAAGGUCUGAUGGACGCGGAGAAAGGAAACGUAUUAGAGACCGAAACGUCGAGAUUGUAUCCAUUGUCGAAGGCGUUAGAGACCGAAUUGUUGAUCACACCUAAACGAGGUUUAUCUUUCAUAGAAGCCUUGGAGUUUGGUCUUUACGAUACCACUUCCGGUCGUUUUAACGAUCCCUUCCUGGUCGCGUCCGCGUUAGAUCGUAAACCAGCAACGUUGAAAGAUGCGAUCGAUUCAGGUUCGAUAGAUCCGUCCAGCACGGUGAUCAAAGAACCCGGGACCGGUAAAAUCGUUAGUUUGUUAGAGGCGAUUAAUAGCGAGAUAAUAGAUCCUAUAGCGGGCAGGCUUAUCGAAGAUCCAUCGGGAAAGAAGGUGGACUUCGCGAAAGCCCUGGAGCAGGGUUAUAUUCUCACCGCAGAAGCUAGGCAAGCGGUCGAAGAGAAGUACAAAUUAUGCGACGAAACGUCCUCGAGGUUGUUGCAAUGGAUAUCCGAGGUCGAGGACAAAUUGGCCAAGCAAGACAACGUCAAGGAAGAUAUCGACGAACUUCGAAAUCAAAUAAACGCCAUGAAAGAAAUCAAAGAGGACCUAGAAGCCCAUUCUCGUCCCGUCUCCUCUUGUCUCGAUCAAAUUCGUCAGGUGGUCCUGACCGGUAGCAAUGUACUGUCCAGCGAAGAAGUGUCGACUUUAGAGAAAAAUGGUCGAUCCUUGAAGACCAGGUUCGACAGAGCCUCGGAUCGUACCGAAAGAAUGGUGAAACGUUUGAUAGCUGCCAGGGACGAGUUGGUGAAAUUCAAGAACGAGUUGUCGACCUUCUCUCACUGGUUGGACAACGCAAGACGCGUCCUGGAAGAAAAAGAACACUCCCUGACCGAUUUGAACAGGUUGAAUAGCAGCACCGAUGCCACUCGCGAUUUCAUCAGCGACGUUAUAGCCCACCAGGCUGAUCUUCGAUUCAUCACAAUGGCUGCACAGAAGUUCGUCGACGAAAGCAAAGAAUUCCUACACGUUUUAAAUGAAUUUCGAACCAGUUUGCCACAGAGAUUGCCUCAUAAAGAGCCUGCUGCCAGUCAGGACUCUCCUGUGCGCGGCGAGGUCUCCAUUGUCACCGCUCAAUACAAAGAUUUGCUUUCACGCGCGAAUAUGUUAUCUGACAGACUGUCUGGCGUUGGAGGAAGACAGAGAGAUUACCGUGAAUCCUUGGAGAAAGCGAGAAACUGGCUGAAGGAAGUGGAACCGAAGGUUCAUCGAGCCAUCUCCGAAGCAGUCGCGGCUGAACCUAAACAAGUUGAAGAUCAAUUGAGCAAAGCUAAAGCGUUAAACAACGAGAUGCUUGCGAAUGAACGACUGGUCGAGAACGUCAAAGUGACUGUGGAGGCUCUUCUGAGAUCCCUGGAUGGACAAUUAACGCCAAAGGAAGUCGACGAACUGGAGGAGCCUGCAAAGGCAUUGGAGGACAAGUACAAACAGUUGACCAAUGCUAUUGGCGAGAAGUGUCAGGAACUGGAUGCUGCGUUGGUUAGAAGUCAGGGAGUGCAGGAUGCACUGGACAGUCUGGUGCUUUGGUUGAACAACAUCGAAGGCCAAUUCAAAAACAUUCAGAGACUAGCGAGUUUGCAAAAGGAACGUCUAGAAGAGCAACAGAGAGAUCAACGUCUCCUUCAGGCGGACUUGGACAGUCAUCGUUUGAGCGUGGAAGCUGUAGCGAGUAGCGCGCGUGAUUUGCUCACGAAUUCGAGCAACGCGCGAAUCGCGAAGCGCAUAGAGGGCAAGUUGAAAGAUGUCCAAGGUAGAUUCGAGAAACUGAUGGACAAGUCAUUGCGCCGGGGUGAAUUCCUCGACGAAAUCGCGCAAGCUCUAGGCGACUUCUUGGUUGAUACGACGAAAUUCGAUAGCUGGUACGCUCACAUGAUCGAAGCUCUCGAAUCCCGAGAUUUGAGCAAGCUCGACGUCGCAGAGUACGAGAAUAAAAUGGCGAGUCUGAUGGACAAACGCGAAGACCAACGGGCCAACUUCGAAGACUUGAUUCGCAAUGGAAAGAGCCUGAUUUCAAAGAAAGACGUGACUGACGUUGCUCAGAUCAGAGACAAGAUCAAGGCCCUUGAAUCUCAAUGGAAGGAAGUGAACAAUUUAAUCGAUGAGAAACAACGACUCAGCAAAUCCAGAGCAGAACAACUUACCGCUUAUGAGAAGCUUCGCGAUCAAGUCAUCGACUGGCUGACUCGCACUGAACACAAGGUGCAGGGUCUUGAACCUGUGGCCGUCGAUUUGGAGAAGUUGAAGAGACAAACUGAUGAAUUGAAACCUAUCCAGAAAGAGUAUCGCGAUUAUGGCAAUACCGUUGACAAAGUAAACGAUCUUGGAAUCGCGUAUGAUGGUUUGCUGAAGGAACGUAUCGAGAGCCCGACUCGUCGUCGUGGUAGUACCAGUCCGACCAAGAGACCAGUACGACGAAUGUCACAAGACGGUCGCUCACCAUCUCCCGCUAAAUUGUAUGCUGCUCAAAGUCCGGUCUCUCCAGGUGGUAGCAGCGGGUUCAGCAGUCGCCGCUCCAGUCAGGAUGGUUUCCACCUGGAGGACUUGUCGCCAGUUCAACAGCAACUUUCAGAGAUCAAUAACAGAUACGGAUUGCUUGGUGUUCGACUGACUGACCGACAAACUGAAUUGGACAAUGUGAAGGAUGAACUGAGAAGACACAUGGACAACUUGAAGACGCUUUCUCAGUUCCUGGAGAAGAUUCAACGACAGAUACCAAAGGAGGCGAUGCCAAGUACUAAAGAAGAAGCAGACAAGACUGCGAGACAGAUCAAGACUGUUAUUGAAGAAAUGUAUGAGAAACAAUCGUUGCUCGACACUACUCGAACCCAAGUGCGUGAUUUAGUCAGACGUAAGAAGGGAGCUGCCGGUGUGGAUAGAUUGAACGAUGAGAUGGAAGACGUGACAAAUAGAUGGAAAUCCUUCAGCGAACGUUGCAAGGACAGGAUAAAGUUCUUGGACGACGUUAAAGACUUCUAUGAUACAUCAGAGGGUUUGGCAUCCUGGCUGGGAUCAAAGGAGAGAAUGCUGGGUGCAUUGGGUCCUAUUUCAGCCGAUCCCAGAAUGGUUGCCAGCCAGGUGCAACAGGUUCAAGUGUUGAGAGAAGAAUUCCGUACUCAACAACCUCAGCUGGAUCACUUGGUCCAAGUCGGAGAGAACAUCCUCAGCGUUAUUGACACUGAUUCAACUGACGGUCAAAGAACAAAAGCCAAAUUAUCAUCCAUCUUGGAUAAAUGGUCUGAUCAGUUAGCUCGACUCGACGAAAGGGCGCAGAGUUUGGGAGACGCGGUUGAUACCAGCCGCGAAUUCGACGCGAGUCUCAAUCGUUUGCGCGACGCUCUGCAAGCGAUAUCAGACAAUCUCGACGAGCUGACUCUCGAGAAAGAUCCUGAAGAUCAACUACGAAAGAUCGAGAACCUUGAAAGACAGCUGGAAGGUCAAAGACCUUUAUUGGCGGAUGUUGAGGCAUCUGGUGAACAGUUGUGCGAGGUCUUGAGCGAUCCAGCUUCUAAAUCCGAGAUCCAUGGAAAAUUGGCCGCGGUUGGAAAACUGUACACGAAUCUGCAGAAGAAAUUGGACCACAAGAAAGCCGAGAUCGAAGGAAAUUUGCGAGAUGGAAGACAAUUUGAAGCUUCCUGCACUAAAACCUUGGGCUGGCUCGCCGAUGAGCUUGGAAACAUGUCCGAGAAAUUGUUGGUAUCAGCUGAUCGAGAUAUCUUGCAGCAGCAACUCGAUCACCACGAGCCUAUGUAUAGAAACGUGAUGGGUAAAGAGCACGAGGUGAUCAUGCUGCUGAACAAAGGAAGAGACAUGUUGACUAGAUCUCAGAAGGUCGAGAAUCGGUCUCUGCAACGGGACUUGGACAAAAUGCAAUCGCAAUGGGAUCGUCUGAAGAAGGACAUGAUGGAUAGGCACACGAAAUUACAGACUUGCGCGGAACACUGCAAGAAGUAUUACAAGGCGCAAGACGCGUUCCUGCCGUGGCUGCGACAAGCUGAAGACAAAUUGGAAUGUUUGAAGCCAGCUUCCUUCAAACGUAAAGACAUUGAGAAGCAGCUGAAAGAAUUGUCCUCGUUCAGAAACGAGGUCUGGAAACAUUCCGGAGAAUUCGAGAACAAUAAAACUCUUGGUGAGACCUUCCUAGGGGCUUGCGACAUCGACAAACAAAAUGUUAAAAACGAGCUUGGCGCUAUGAAGACCAGAUGGGACAAAUUGAACAAUGAUUUAACAGCGAGAACACAAUCCCUGGAAGACACCGCGCGACAUUUGAUGGAUUUCAACGAGAACCUACGAGAACUGAGACAUAGCUUGCAGCGUUGCGAGGAUAAAUUGGCAUCGCACGACGCUCUUGGAGGAGCGGCUAAAGACCCGAAACUUCUCGAUAGGAUAAAGAUUUUACGAGAAGAAACGACAAACCUAAAGAAACCCUUGCAGUACGUCAAACAACAAGCAAACGACCUGGUGAACAAAGCUCGUGAACAAGGAGUCGAUGCAACGCAUCUGCAAGACGAAGUAGACAACCUGAGUGAUAGAAUCAAUGAUCUACAAGCGAAGUUGGACGACAGAUGCAACGAAUUACAGAGUGCAGCAACUGCUGUUGCACAGUUCAACGAUCACGCGAAAGCAAUUGGUCAACAAGUGACCAGUCUAGAGAAGGAACUGGAUUCGAUGAGAGCAGCAGGCAGGGAAAUCAAGAUCAUUAGAAUUCAAAUAGAAGAAACCUCGAAAGUGAUAACCAAAGUUACCCGAUUGUACGAGGAGGUGACUAGUCUGGAGAACCUUGGAGAACGUCUGGUCGAUUACGGUUUCGCGGCUGAUGCUGUGGCGACCAGGGAACAAGUUGCCAGCUUGAAACGACAAGUCGGAAAACUUGACGAUCGCUCGAGGGACCGUCACGAGGAGUUAUCAACCACUCUCGACAGAUUACAAGAAUUCUACCAAGCCCACACAACCGUCAUCCAUGAGAUCGAUGCCGCAAACGAGCAUGUGAGGAGAUUCAAGCCAGUCGGAUCAGAAGUCGAGUCCAUCAAGGUUCAGCAAGAAGACUUCCGACUUUUGAAAAUUAAUAAAAUCGAACCUUUGGCUCGUGCCGUCGAAGAGUGCAACGUCCUUGGUCAAGCUUUGAUCCAAACUGCCGGCCGUGACGUGAACACCAGCAAUAUCGAAAAAGAUGUCGAUAAGAUGAACGAGAGAUGGAACGAUCUGAAGGACAGAUUGAACGAACGCGACAGAAGAUUGGACGUAGGAUUGUUGCAAUCUGGAAAAUUCCAGGAAGCUCUGGAAGGUCUCCAGAAAUGGUUAACAGACACAGAAGAGAUGGUUUCCAAUCAGAAACCACCAUCGUCGGAUUAUAAGGUAGUUAAAGCACAGCUGCAAGAGCAGAAGUUCUUGAAGAAGAUGCUGAUGGAUCGACAGAAUUCGAUGUCGUCUUUGUACAACAUGGGUCAAGAGGUUGCAGCUGGAGCGGAUCCUAAGGAACGAAAGAUGAUCGAGAAGCAACUGACAGAAUUGGUAGGAAGAUUCGACAACCUAACGGAAAGUGCUGCUGAAAGAAUGGAGGCGCUCGAACAAGCAAUGGGAGUGGCUAAACAGUUCCAAGAUAAAUUGGUACCAUUGGCUAUUUGGUUAGACAAGACAGAGAAACGUGUCAGAGACAUGGAGUUAGUGCCAACCGAUGAAGAGAAGAUCCAGCAACGUGUUUCGGAACACUAUACCCUUCACGAGGACAUUUUGUCAAGAAAACCUGACUUCAGCGAGCUUACAGAGAUUGCCAGUCAAUUGAUGGCUCUCGUAGGCGAAGACGAAGCUGCUACUCUGGCGGACAAAUUGCAAGAUGCUGCUGACAGAUACGCUGCUUUGGUUGAAAGAUCAGACGCUCUUGGUAGUUUGUUACAACGAUCGAGACAAGGUUUGCGCCACUUGGUUCUCAGCUAUCAAGAACUGCAGGCUUGGAUGGAAGGCAUGGAGAUCAGAUUGUCAAAGUAUCGAGUACUGGCAGUCCACACCGAGAAGCUUCUUCAGCAAAUGGAAGAUCUUGCUGAUUUAACCGAAGAAGUAUCCACCAGACAGACUGAAGUGGACAGCACCACGGAUGCUGGUUUGGAAUUAAUGAAACACAUCUCUAGUGACGAGGCUCUUCAAUUAAAGGACAAGCUCGACUCGCUUCAACGACGAUUCAAUGAUUUAGUCAGCCGUGGUUCUGAUCUCCUGAAACAUGCUCAGGAAUCUCUACCAUUGGUCCAACAGUUCCACGACAAUCAUAAUCGCUUGAUGGACUGGAUGCAAGCGGCUGAAUCGGCUCUGCAAUCCGCCGAACCUCGCGAGGAUGAGAUUGUACGAUUGGAAAUGGAAAUAUCGGAAUAUAGACCGGUGUUGGAUAAAAUCAAUGCCGUUGGGCCACAAUUGUCUCAAUUGUCACCGGGCGAAGGUGCCGCGACUAUCGAGGGUCUGGUCACCAGAGACAACAGACGAUUCGAUGCCAUCGCGGAACAGAUCCAACGAAAGGCUGAGAGAAUCCAGCUCAGCAAACAACGUUCGCUAGAAGUGAUCGGUGAUAUCGACGACCUCUUGGAAUGGUUCCGCGAGGUGGACAAUCAGCUGAGAGAGGCGGAACCACCCAGCAGCGAGCCAGAGAUAAUCAGAGUGCAACUAAAGGAGCACAAAGCUCUGAACGAUGAUAUAUCCAGUCAGAAGGGUCGCGUCAGAGACGUGAUCUCGACGGCGAAGAAGGUGAUACGCGAGAAUGGUCAACACGAGGACACAUCCACCAUAAGAGAGAAGAUGGAGGAUCUCCGAGAAACGAUGGAGAUCGUCUCAGGUCUUUCCGCUGACCGACUCGGAGCACUGGAACAAGCGUUACCUCUGGCUGAGCAUCUGCGCGAUACGCACAUCGGUUUGGUCAGCUGGUUGGAGGAGGCCGAACAGCAGGUCGCCAUGCUUCCUAUGCCCGCUCUGAGGCCAGACCUCAUAGCAGCUCAACAGGACAAGAACGAGUUUCUCAUGCAGAGCAUCAACGAGCACAGACCUCUGGUCGAGAAAUUGAACAAAACUGGGGAGGCUCUGUUGAAGCUCGUCAACGAAGAGGAAGGGAUCAAGAUACAGGACAUCCUUGAAGCGGACACAGCCCGAUACGCUGCCCUCAGAGCUGAACUCCGAAGCAGACAGCAGACUCUGGAGCAGGCGCUUCAAGAAUCCUCUCAGUUCUCGGACAAACUGGAGGGUAUGUUGCGUGCUCUUUCUUCAACCGCGGAUCAGGUGCACGGCGCAGAACCUAUCAGCGCUCAUCCUGGUCGCCUGAGGGACCAGAUGGAGGAGAACACUGCGUUGGUCGACGAAUUGGCCCAAAGAUCCGAGGCGUAUGCUGCUGUGAAACGAGCUGCCGAUGACGUGAUCAGCAAGGCUGGUAACAGAGCCGAUCCAGCUGUGAAGGACAUCAAACGGAAACUGGAAAAACUGAACAAACUAUGGAGCGACGUGCAGAAGGCUACCAACGAGCGCGGACACACUCUGGACGAUGCUCUGGCGAUCGCGGAGAAAUUCUGGUCCGAGCUGAACGGAGUAAUGUCGACCCUGCGAGAGCUGCAAGAUGCUCUCGCGGGUCAGGCACCACCCGCAGCUCAACCUGCUGCCAUCCAACAGCAACAGGUCGCCCUUCAGGAGAUCAGGCACGAGAUCGACCAGACGAAACCGGACGUAGAGCAAGUCCGUGCCUCGGGACACGAGUUGAUGGGUCUCUGCGGCGAACCGGACAAACCGGAGGUGAGAAAACACAUCGAGGACCUGGACCAAGCCUGGGACAACGUAACCGCGCUGUACGCUAGACGCGAGGAGAACCUGAUCGACGCGAUGGAGAAGGCUAUGGAGUUCCACGAGACUCUACAGAAUCUUCUGGAGUUCUUGCAAGAAGCCGAGGAGAAGUUUGCUCGGAUGGGACCGCUUGGAAGCGACAUCGACGAAGUUAAGAAACAGAUCAAACAGUUGGCCAAUUUCAAAGCCGAAGUAGAUCCUCACAUGGUCAAGGUCGAAGCUCUGAACAGGAGUCUGACAAGGCAAGCUGCAGAAUUGACGGAGAGGACGUCGUCGGAGCAAGCAGCAGCCAUCAAGGAACCAUUGGGAGCGGUGAACAAGAGAUGGGAUGGUUUGCUCAGGGGUCUGGUCGAGAGGCAAAGACUCCUGGAGAACGCUCUACUGCGUUUAGGACAAUUCCAGCACGCGCUUGACGAGCUGCUUGUAUGGAUCGAGAAGACCGACGACACUCUGGACAACUUGAAGGCGGUCGCUGGUGAUCCACAGGUAAUCGAAGUGGAACUGGCCAAGCUGAAGGUGUUGGUAAACGACAUCCAAGCGCAUCAGACCAGCGUCGACACGUUGAACGAUGCCGGAAGACAGUUGAUCGAGGAUGGAAAAGGAACUGCUGAAGCAUCGACGACGGCUGAGAAAUUGGGAACCUUGAAUCGUCGUUGGCGCGACUUGUUGCAACGUGCCGCUGAUCGUCAACGAGAGCUCGAAGAUGCUCUCAGAGAGGCGCAGUCCUUCACUGCCGAGAUUCAGGAUCUUCUGUCCUGGUUAGGCGACGUGGACAACACGAUAGUGGCCUCGAAACCGGUGGGUGGUUUACCAGAAACCGCCUCGGAACAAUUGGAACGUUUCAUGGAGGUUUACAACGAGUUGGAGCAGAAUCGACCGAAAGUCGAGACUGUUCUUCAGCAGGGUCAAGAGUACUUGAAGCGCGCCGACUCUAGCAGUGCCGGUGGACUGAACCACAAUUUGAGAACCCUGAAGCAACGAUGGGACAACGUCACAGCUCGUGCCAGCGACAAGAAGAUCAAGCUAGAAAUCGCGUUGAAGGAGGCUACCGAGUUCCACGAUGCGCUCCAGGCGUUCGUUGACUGGCUCACGAAUGCUGAAAAGAUUCUAACCAAUCUGAAACCAGUGUCGAGGGUAAUGGAGACCAUUCUUAGCCAAAUCGAGGAACACAAGGCCUUCCAGAAAGACGUCGGUGUUCAUCGCGAGACCAUGUUGAAUCUGGACAAGAAGGGCACGCAUCUGAAAUACUUCUCGCAGAAACAGGAUGUGAUCUUGAUAAAGAACCUGCUCAUAAGCGUGCAACACAGAUGGGAGAGGGUAGUUUCCAAGUCUGCAGAAAGAACGAGAGCUUUAGAUCAUGGAUACAAAGAAGCAAGAGAGUUCCACGAUGCUUGGUCCAGUUUGAUGAAUUGGCUCGACGAGACCGAGAAGACCCUGGACGAGGUUGCCAUAGACGGUGGCCUCGGUGGUAACGACCCAGAGAAGAUCAAGGCUAGAUUGAACAAGCAUCGUGAAUUACAGAAGGCUCUUAGCGCGAAACAAGGUACCUACGAUAUAACCAUGAAGAACGGUAAGCUAUUGAAAGACAAAGCGCCAAAGAGCGACGAGUUCGCUCUGAAGGAACUCCUAAACGAGCUGAAGAACAAAUGGACUACCGUUUGUGGUAAAUGCGUGGACAGACAGAGGAAGCUCGAAGAGGCUCUGCUCUUCUCUGGCCAAUUCAAGGACGCGAUCCAAGCGCUUCUUGAAUGGCUCAGUAAGUCACAGAAGCAACUGGCUGAAACUGGACCUCUUCAUGGUGACCUGGACACUGUGAUGAAUUUGGUAGAGCAGCACAAGACAUUCGAGAAGGAUCUGGAAUCUCGUGCUUCUCAGAUGGAAUCGGUAAUCAAAACUGGUCGCGAACUUCUCAAUAAAGCACCCGAAGACGCGUCUGCCAUUGGAUCUCAGCUGGCGCAGUUGAACGACCUGUGGGACACGGUCACAAGGUUAUCUUCUGCGAAAACAUCUCGGCUCGAGGAAGCUCUGAGAGAAGCUGAACGCCUGCACAAGGCUGUUCAUCUACUUCUCGAAUGGCUGAGCGAUGCUGAGAUGAAGCUGAGAUUCGCUGGACACCUGCCAGAAGAUGAACAAGAGAGCAGGAACCAACUGAUGGAACACGAGAGAUUCCUGCGUGAACUGCGUAUCAAAGAAACUGAAAAAGAUCAAACAUUGGAAUUGGCUCAUAUGAUUCUUGGUAAAGCUCAUCCAGAUGGUGCUGCGGUUAUCAAACACUGGAUCACCAUCAUCCAGUCGAGAUGGGAAGAGGUGUCCACUUGGGCACACCAGAGGAACCAAAGACUGGAGAACCAUAUGCGAGGACUUCAGGACCUCGAUAACCUUCUGGAGGAAUUAUUAUCGUGGCUGGAAGGUUUGGAGAACACUCUGAACGCUCUCGAAGCUGAACCCUUACCAGACGACAAAGCUACUUUAGAGAUGUUGAUAGCAGACCACAGAGAGUUCAUGGAGAACACUAGUCGAAGGCAAAACGAAGUCGAUCGUGUUUGCAAAGCGAGACAGAUCAAACCGGUGAAAGAUACCAAGAAGAUAUUGAAGGCUAAGUCACCAGCACCGACCCGAGGCAGCCCAGGCCGUGAGAGAACAGCCGAUACGUUGCCGCACAUCGGCCCAAGGUUCCCACCUAAAGGAAGCAAAGGCGCUGAACCAGAAUUCCGCAGCCCAAGGGUGAAACUUCUCUGGGACCGAUGGAGACACGUGUGGAUGCUGGCUUGGGAACGUCAACGUCGGCUACAGGACAAGUAUAAUUACAUUCAGGAACUGGAUCGUGUUGCAAACUUCAGCUGGGAAGAUUGGCGCAAGAGGUUCCUGAAAUUCAUGAAUCAUAAGAAAUCCAGACUGACGGAUCUAUUCAGGAAGAUGGACAAGAACAACGAUGGCCUUAUUCCUCGCGAAGAUUUCAUUCAAGGAAUCAUGAAUACCAAAUUCGAGACGUCCAGAUUAGAAAUGGGAGCAGUCGCAGACUUGUUCGACCGUCACGGAGAAGGAUUGAUAGACUGGAAAGAGUUCAUCGCCGCUUUGAGACCGGACUGGGAAGAACGCAGGACGUAUAACGACACGGAUAAGAUUCACGACGAAGUGAAACGCUUGGUGAUGCUUUGUACUUGUCGCCAGAAGUUCCGCGUCUUCCAAGUUGGCGAAGGAAAAUACAGGUUCGGAGACAGUCAGAAGCUGCGAUUGGUUCGAAUUCUACGAUCCACCGUGAUGGUUCGCGUGGGUGGUGGAUGGGUAGCCUUAGACGAAUUUCUAUUAAAGAAUGAUCCUUGCCGCGCCAAGGGAAGAACGAAUAUCGAGCUGAGAGAACAAUUCAUAUUGGCGGACGGUGUCAGCCAGACAAUGACAGCGUUCAGAUCGAAGCCGAGUCCAACGUCGACCCUACAACGUACCAAUAUGUCGUCGGCGAAUGCCGGGCCCAUCACUAAGGUGAGAGAACGCAGUGCUCGAAGCGUUCCCAUGGGACAAACACGAGCAUCCCGUUCUUCCUUGAGCGCCGGAACGCCGGACAGCCUAAGCGAUAACGAGAGUUCCUUCAAAAUUGGCUCCGCCAGGAAGACCAGUACGCCUUACAGAAGCACAAUAACUCCAGGUGGUAGUCGGCCAUCUAGUAGACCAGCAUCGAGACCAGCGUCCAGACCAACAAGUAGACCAGGAAGUAGACCAGCCUCCAGGCAAGGUAGCAAACCUCCAAGUCGUUAUGGUUCCACACAGUCGCUCGAUAGUACCGACGAUUCGAGCAACCUAAGCCGCAUUCCUCGUAGAACAGCCGUCAGCACAACAGGAAACACACCGACUUCCAGCCGACAUAACAGUGUUUCAGGAAAACGACUCGGAACACCGGUGAACGGCUCUAGUUCGCGACCCCGAACUCCCACCGGUCUGGUUAGCCCCGCCAGUGGGGUUCCAGCUAGGUUUGGCACAAUCCAUAGAGCUUCGAGCAUUCCAACCCUGACUGGUGUCGGAACACCGAUCAGCCGCUCGAGGAUCCCCGUGUACGUGGGUACUGAUAUUAAAUCCCCGCAAUCGACGACCAGCAAUAUUUCAACUCAUUCUACGCAAAGCAACCACUCGACGGUUUCUACCGAUUCUACCGGGAGCAGCUCGAUGUGUACAAAUUCAGCAACUAACACCUCGUCGGCCGUUAAGCAAGCUAGAACAAGGACACCGUCCAGCGGAUCAAGUACCCCACUGCCGCCGUCAUUGAAACUCUCCAGGAAACCUUCCGGCGCCUCGGACACGUCAGUGUCAACACCAGCCAGCCAAAGGAGAGGAAAACCAACGCCGAUCGAUCAACGUGCACCAUUCCGAUUAUAGUCGCGCCACGGGCAUAGUCGUUGAAAGGCCAAAAUUGUUCUCGAAGCCGUGAUCGUGUCACCGUGACCGAGAUCGCCGCCUGUUUUGUUCACGGGGCAUCCUCGUCGACGCUACGCUUAGGAUAUUCUAAUAAUAUAUUAACGAUUCGAACGCGAGGGCGCCUCGAGAGAGAGGGAAAGAGAGAGAGAGAGAGAGAGACAGAGAUGACAUUCGUUAGUAAAGCUUUUUUGCUUCAAGGAGAACUUCAUUUCUUUUUUUUUUUCUUCUUUUGAUUAGGACCCUUGGAAGCGAGGUUCUCCUCGAGGAUGCCCGAAUCGAAUGAAAGAGCUUAACGUUAUCGAGAUAUUUUGUAAAAAUAUACGCAUAGAUAGCUCGCGUGAUGCGCGCUCCUAAGAGAAAAUUUAUCCAAGAACGAUGCGUGUCAGGGUCGUACGUAAAGGCGUCGUUGCGGCGUUAUGUACGAGCUGAUUAGCCGGUUUCGUAAGAGUGUUUCUUUACGGACAGAUAGCGAUAACGAUUUAUCAAAUAAUGUAAUUGUAAUUUUACGUUAUCUAUUAGGACUAGGUUUUUACCGGUCGUUAACACGAGUAACGUUUCAUGUUCGUGAAAAGAAAAGAAAAAAAGAGAGAAAAAAAAAAGAAACCAGUCGCUGGUGUAUGCGUAUCCCGCGACCGUACGCUUGUUUCAAAUGUUGCUGACUUUAUCGAUCAAUUUUUCUUUUUCCGUUUCCUAAGAUUCUCGUUACUUUCGUAAAGGGCCCCCGUUGGAAGGAGCAACGAAUCAAGAAAGAAUACGAUGAUCGUAUCGUUUUCUUCGAAGAGUAGAAAAACCGCGAUGUAUAUACUGCUCGGUUGUCCGGCUCGGUAUCGUACCGGGAAUCACUCCGCGAAUAAGACAGUUUCCUAUAAAAAAUGAAAAAAGAAAGAAAAAAAAAAGACAAAUUACGCUACACGCAACGAUUUUGCCUUGAGUCUAUCGCCGUAAUCGCUUUUGCGCGAAUCGUACCUGCCCUACCGAAACGAACCGUGGCUCGGACGAACGAGUAGGGCCCUUUUAUUUAUACACGGCCAGUUCUGACCAUCUGGCUUGUUCGAUAACUAUAUUUUGCAGAAAGGCAUUUCCGACCUUCUUUUUUAUGUUUUUUUUAGAAUUGCGAUUAACGCGAUAGCACGAUUCGUACGAUGAUGCGAUUAAUCUAUUAACUAUUCUUAAAUGUUAAUCUCCUGUUUUCGCUUUACUUGAAGGUUCUGUAUCGUCGCUACUAAUUGCAGUGGAAAAAUAUACGCAAACGCACACGCAUUUGACACCAAA